UUCGGCCGCCGCGGCCACUUCGCUCUGCGGGACACCGCGGGCCGCCCCGUCGGGGAGCUGGUCCUGAGCUACCGCCUCAGCAGCCUGCAGGCCGGUGAGGCGAGUCCCGCCAGCCCCCGCGCUGCCACACCGCCUGCCAGCACCCCUGAACCGCGAGACGACGAGGAGGAGAAGGAAGAGGAGAAGGAAGCGGAGGAGGAAGAGGAGGAGAGUGAGCAGCUGGAAGGCAAUGUCUUUUGCCCUCCGCUGCUCUACUACAGCCGUGAGCCGGCUGAGCCUCAGCAGAAGCCAGCAACAGUGGGGCAGUGGGAGCAUGUCGAGCCCCAGAGACCGCAGCAGAAGGACAAGGGCCACAGCCCACCACGUCCCAGUGCUGGGCCCUCGCUGCUGCACCCCGCCAGCCAGGGACAGCUCCACAACACCCUGGUGCAGCUGCCGCUACUCAGUGCCUUGCUGGCGGAGCUGGCGGUGCUCACACGCAGCGCUGUGCCUGCUGCUGCUGCUGUCCACCCCCAUCUUGCCUGGCCCUACCAAGCCCCGGAAAGUGGGGAGGCGGCCUCGCGGUCCCCCAGUCGUUCCACUGCCGUCAAGCCUGCAGAGACACCUGUGGAGCCUGGCAGGAGCAGUGAAGUCACGAGGCCUCAGUUUAAACAGGGCUGUCAUAAGGCCAUCUCACCAGAGUCUUCAGGGGUUGGGGGCAGACCCAAGAAAGCUGUGCCCCAGGGACAGCCAGCCUGUGAAAAGAACUGCAAAGUUAAGGAGAAUAGACCUCCCAGAAAGAAAUUGUUGUAUGGGCUGACAAAUACACUGAGGCUACGACUGCAGCAGACCAACCCAGAUAAGCUGAUAAUUCAUGAAAGGAGGGAGCAGUACAGAAAAAAGCAAAUUGAGAUGCUGAGAGUGAGAAGCCCCUUAUCCAAGAGAAAGCUGGUCAGAAAUACUGAAGAACAGCAUGCGGUGUCUUGCAGGCAUUGUAGCACGGGAGGCAGAUCAAAGCAGAAUAAUCAGUUGGAUAAAACUGUUCAGACUUCAUUAGAAAACAGUGCUCUCUCGGAGCCAAUUUCUGUUGCAGGAGAUGUGUCCCCUGGCCUGCAGAAACAAUCUAUUGCAAGUCUAUCCAGGAACAAUUCGACUCGUAAAACCAUGGAGCCUGAUGAUGUGUCUGUUGUAAGUGGUCAUAAACUAAGUCCCAGCAGGAGUGUUGAAAACAACUCUGAAUUCAUAUACUCUGAUGACUUUGUUGCUAGUCCGGAGAACACAGUUUAUUCAGAAGAUUUCACCAGUGCUGAGUGUACAGGCAGAGACUCAAAACUUCAUGACAGCAGUCCUGAACCUCUGUGGCUUGAAAGACCGAAGCAAGAUAGGUCAGAUACAGAGCCAGAAUCCAGCAGGUCCAGAAUUUCAAAGACAAGUCAAAGAGCUCAAAGUACUUCAGAUCUUGUGCCAGUUCCUUCAGCUUCAUCUCCAGUCCAGUCUUUGAGGAGAAACUGUGACUUUAAAACCAGCACAGGAACUAGUGCUGAAUCUGCUGAUUCACUUAACCUUGCUGAGAUGGAGGCAUCAUUAUUAGAUGAAGAGCAGAAAGCCCAAGAGAUGAGUAAGGAAGAGAACAGAGGUGAUCAACAUAUUAAAGAAAUAUCUACACUGAGAAGCAAACAGGUUAAAUCUGAUACUGAUCUGAAUAUAGGAAAGGGGCAGACCUCUACAGGUCAAAAGCAGUCAGUAGCUCAAGUUAGCUCUUACUUGCCAUCUAACAUGUCUGAUCUUGAACUUAGUGUCCUGGAAAACAGCAUGUCAGACAAAGAAGACGAGUUUCUGGAAAAACUACAUGGUCCUAAUGAGUACAAAGACAUCAGUGAACUCGUAAUAAACAAGCUCCCAGGAUAUACAAUGUAAUUAUAAGUUUUCACUGUCAGGAUUAAGAUACAAUAUUUAAACUUUGAAAAUCCCAUUACAUUUAGUUGCACUAUGUGCAAGCUAAUUUAAGAUUUUAUCAUGCGCAUUUAUUAUAUCAGUGAAUUUAAGUUAUGAGAUUUUAAAAAUAAACUACUGUUUGAAUCUUUAACAAACGGCGUCUACAGCCUGACUUCAGUAUCAUUAUCUUAACACAAAAGUAAUCCAAACAGCAUAUGAAACAUCAUUUACUGUCAAAGGAGAAAUUAAGACAGAAGCAGCAAAAGCAGUCAUUACCCACAAAAAUAGUCCAGGGUAGAAGUAAUAACAUGCUAGUAACAGCCAAGUACAAAAUUAAUUCCUGACCAAACAGAAGGCUUUAUUCCUCCUGAAAAGUUCCAAGCUUUCCUUUCAUUAGAAAUAGUUACUUAAAACACAGUCACAGCCAGUAGCAACACAGAAUUUCAUCAGCUAGUCGGUAUAAUAUGUUUGUUUCCCUUUUCCAUCACUAAAUACAGUGACUUGAACUGGAUGUGCCCUUCUACAGUUUCUUAGGUUUCAUUUAAGUCAGAUUUUCAAAAUUUAUUAUAGAAUAGUGUAAGUAUUAUUGGUGAUGGUAAAUCUAUGUAAUCUGGGAAAGCUUUAAGAGGUGGAUGGAAGUUACUUGACCUUGAAGACUAAGGGUGUACAAGGAGUAGGGAAGAGCACAGUAAAUCUUCAAUGCUUCACAACUCCCUGAUUGCAUUCUCUGUAUCAGGGGAAACAGGUGGGGUCAGCACCCACAGUCCAGAAACUUGGAACAAGCAAGCUUAUUAUGUCAUGAUAUAAAAAUGCAAAGUAAUGAGAAAUUUGCCAUGUCUCCUUUGCCAUUAAGACAGUUGAACUGAAGUUUGCUUUUGAUUUCAGGUUUGCUUUUAAUGGCUUCCAGUUUGAUCAUUGAACUUAAUGUCUUCUGUUUAACUGCAGAGGUUUUUCUAGAGUCCAUAUGCCAAUCACAAAAUUUAGAGAUGUUUUUUGACUUGAAUUCUUGCUUUAGUUUUUCAUCUCAUGUAUCCCCCUUUCCCUUCUCUUUGAGUAGUUCAUCUCCUCUGUCAGCUUUACAUUCCUAACUAUUUCAUCAAUUAAGACAGUUAUCCUCAGGGUUAAAUAACAGAUUUAUCCACUCCUCUUUCUUUAUAGCAUACAAUCUGACUUUGUCAUUUCUCACUGUAAUUUUCCAUGUACUUUACUGCAAGAGCCUGUGUUUACAUUUUAACAUCUUGGAGGAGUUUUUUUUUCCUUUCCCUCCCAUUAUGUGUUUGUUUUGUAGAAAUGACAUUACUUCUCCUAUUUAAAGCAUGAACAUCUGUGAGGAUUGCUGGAGUAUCUAGUGUUGACUUCUUAAAACACCACUAUUAACAUUUUUAAUCUAAAGGUAAACAGCUGAAAUUACCUAUAUACCAAAGGAAUCUCUGGCCAGAACAAUUCCUAAAUCUUGUUUAGGGUGUUUUUCAUUGGCUACAAUAUUUUUUUCCUUUUUCUUCCAAUACUAUUGACUUCUUUGAUACACAUGGACUCAGAUUGUCAUUUACACAUGGCAAUUAUUCUGAUUUUAUUGAUGGAGCAAUCUCUUGCACUUCUCAUGAGCAGAACUGUCAUUAAAA